AUGGAUAUUAAUACGUUAACAACAGUUUUAGAUGACGCAAAAGAGGAGUCUGGUAGUAUCUCAGCUACUGACAAUGUUGAUGAUUCAACAAAAAUCGAACAAGUUAUGGAUUUAGUCAAAAGCCAUUUGAAUAAAACUGUCAGGGAAGAAGUGGAGAUGCUCAAAGAGAAAAUCACCAAAUUAUUGGAAAGAAUCCAAUAG